AAGAUGAGUGGGCUUCUCCUCAUAUAGGUAGGUCAAGCAAACCAUGCAAAAGGCAUUUUGAUCAAAAUUACACAAGUAUGGUAUCAGUUAGUAAGCCUAAAGCAUUCAGCCAACAGAUUACAUUAAGAGAAGCAUUAUCGCUGGUCUUCUGAUUACGCCAACUGCUUAUUGGUUGGAAAUGGAACAGGAAAUGUUGAACUUUAGUUUUUUCCAACCAAUCAAGUCAUUCUUAGAAUUCAAAUCAGCUUACAUGUAUAUAUAUAUGUCUGCUCUCACCAGUAACUUCAUUUGGGGACUAUAGACCAACUGUUGUUACAACACAUCAAGAUGAUCAGAAUCAACCUUGUUUGGAUGUUAGUCAGUCAAAUCUUCUUGAUUCACUCUGAAGAAGUUCCUCUACAAAUUCCAGUGACCACAGCUCAGCUCGGAGAGUCUGUAUCUCUUCCAUGUUUUUUCUCAGAGACAAUUGAUUAUUUCCAAUGGCUGUACUGGUACAAGCAAACUGCUGGUCAAAUGCCCCAAGUUGUGGCAACUGUGGAAAAGAAAAAAUCUGCACAUUUUGUUCUUAAUGGAGAGUUUAACAACAUACGUUUCACAAUGGAGAAAGUAAAAGUUGGAUAUCUUCUCAUCAUCAACAAUAUCAGCAGAUCAGAUGAGGCAGCAUACUUCUGUGGAAUAGGAACAGUGUAUGAAAUUAAGUUUAGAAAUGGAACAUUUUUGUCUGUAAAAGGUGUCAGUCAGAAGAGGUCACACUACCAGACUGUAGAACAACAGCCAGUGUCUGACCCAGUCCAUCCAGGAGACUCUGUGACUCUACAGUGUACAGUACUCUCUGAGACCUGUACAGGACUACACAGGGUGUACUGGUUCAGAGCUGGAUCAGGAGAAUCCCAUCCAGGAGUAAUUUACACCCCUGAAAACAGGAGUGAUGAGUGUGAGAAGAGCCCUGAGACUCCCUCUCCUACACAGAGCUGUGUCUACAGCCUCUCCAAGAACAACCUCAGCCCUUCUGAUGCUGGGACUUACUACUGUGCUGUGGUCACAUGCGGGGAGAUCCUGUUUGGAGACGGAACCAAACUUAACACCAUUAAAGGAAACACAGUGGAUCCCAUUGUCCUCAGCUUGGGAGCAGCAGUGGCUGUGUGUGUGAUUGUAAUUUUUAUUCUUUCUUGUACCAAAAACAAGAGACAAACAUGUGAUCAUUGUAAAGCAAGUGUCUCUCAACAUAUUCGCCAUGAUGAUAACCUCUCAUCAGAGCAGUCAAGUGGUCAGGUGCCAAACACAGAUUUGUUAAAUUAUGCUGCAUUGCAUUUCUCUGAGAAGAAAACUAAAAGAGGAAGAAAGAAGAGAGAGACACCACAGGAGAGUGUGUACUCUGAUGUCAGGUACUCAGACUGGGAUUGAACUGUUUCAGAUACAGCAUAGACUAAAUUAUCUCAGUCAAGCGUCUCCAUUUAGACAAAAUGUAAGAGUUUUGGUUAAGAAAAUCUCAGGACAUUGCUCUUGUAUGAAAUUUUACAAAUGUAAGAUACAAUUUCCCAUUACAAUACCAUACAAUUUCCCAUUACAAUACCAUACGCAAUGGAAUUACAACCAUUUUUCUGCUCAAAUAGUUUUCCACUUACUCUGAGCUAGCUGAUGUCAGCUGGUAGCAGGAGGGACUUCAUCUUUAAAUAUCUAUGUAUAUGUUGGUAACAUUGAGCAAAACGUUGAAUGGAACCUUAUCGUAUGGGGUUUAUAUGUGCUAAAUGAUUUUUGUUCCUUCAUUAUCACGCAUCAAAUUAUAACUAUAAAUGAAUGUCGUAUUAUUAUCAUUAGAAUUGUAUAUCACUGAAUAUUUCUAGAAUAGUGUCUUUUGUUUGUUAUUAAUUUGACAAGAGGUCAAAUUCUUACUGUCCGUCAUCGUCAAUUUGUUGAUUAAACCAUUUUAUUCAUGAUUCAAGUCAUAAGAAGCAUUUUUAUACCAUUUGGUAAAUUCCUCUUUUUGUAUAAUAUCUCUAAGGUAAUCAUUUCACUUUUUGAAGUCACUUUACAUUGGAGAUUAUGCUAAGAUCUUACUGAGGAGAGGCAAACUAGGAUGGGUGGGUUACUCCUAAAAGAGUUUGACCUAGUAAACCAUGCAAAAGGCAUUAUGGUCAAAUAGAGAUAUAUAACUUAAGUAUGGUAUCAAUUAGUAGGCCAAAAGCAUUCAUCCAACAGAUUACAGUAAGAUAAGCAUUAUAGAACUAUAGUCCCAGAUACAUAUCACCAGUCUUUUGAUUACACUAACUGCUUAUUGG